CAGAACCCUGCUGCCUUCGACUUCCUGGUGCAGCAGGUGGAGAAGACGCUGCGGCACGCCAUCGAGGAGGAGGAGGGCUUGCCCUUGGACCAGGUCACCAACUUCCAGGAGGUUUGUGAUGAAAUUAAGGUCAAACUGAAUUCCCUGAGGGAUGUUCCAAACAGAAUUGAGUGUCCCCUUAUCUACCAUCUAGAUGUGGGGGCCAUGUACCCCAACAUCAUUCUGACCAACAGGUUGCAGCCUUCAGCCAUGGUGGACGAGGCCACGUGUGCUGCCUGCGACUUCAACAAGCCAGGCGCCAACUGCCAGCGCCGGAUGACUUGGCAGUGGAGAGGAGAGUUCACUGCCCCCCCCCCGCCGUGCCCGGUCAGCGAGUACCACCGCAUCCAGCAGCAGCUGGAGUCGGAGAAGUUCCCUCCCCUGGCCCCCGAGGGAGCACCCCGCGCCUUCCACGAGCUCUCCCGGGAGGAGCAGGCCAAGUACGAGAAAAAACGCCUGGCAGAUUACUGCCGCAAGGCCUACAAGAAGCUGCACGUCACCAAGGUGGAGGAGCGGGUCACCACCGUCUGCCAGCGGGAGAACUCCUUCUACGUGGACACGGUGCGAGCCUUCCGGGACCGCCGCUACGAGUUCAAGGGGCUGCACAAGGUGUGGAAGAAGAAGCUGUCUGCAGCAGUGGAGACAGGAGAUGCAUCUGAAGUGAAACGCUGCAAGAACAUGGAGAUCCUGUAUGACUCCCUGCAGCUGGCCCACAAGUGCAUCCUCAAUUCCUUCUAUGGCUACGUCAUGCGGAAGGGGGCUCGCUGGUACUCCAUGGAGAUGGCUGGCAUUGUCUGCUUCACGGGGGCGAACAUCAUCACCCAGGCCAGGGAGCUGAUCGAGCAGAUUGGGAGACCUCUGGAGCUGGAUACCGACGGGAUUUGGUGUGUCCUCCCCAACAGCUUCCCGGAGAACUUUGUCAUCAUGUCAACAAAUGCCAAGAAGCCAAAGGUGACAAUCUCCUACCCAGGUGCCAUGCUGAACAUCCUGGUGAAGGAGGGCUUCACAAACAACCAGUACCAGGAACUACAGGACCCAGCCUCCCUCACCUACAUCACACGCUCUGAGAACAGCAUUUUUUUUGAAGUGGAUGGACCGUACCUGGCCAUGAUCCUCCCAGCUUCCAAGGAGGAGGGCAAGAAGCUGAAGAAAAGGUAUGCAGUGUUCAACGAGGAUGGGUCCCUGGCUGAGCUGAAGGGGUUCGAGGUGAAGCGCCGGGGAGAGCUGCAGCUGGUGAAGAUAUUCCAGUCCUCUGUGUUUGAAGCCUUUCUUAAAGGCAGCACUCUGGAGGAGGUCUAUGCUUCGGUGGCCAAGGUGGCUGAUUACUGGCUGGAUGUGCUCUACAGCAAGGCUGCCAACAUGCCCGAUUCAGAGCUGUUUGAGCUGAUCUCUGAGAACCGGUCCAUGUCGCGCAAGCUGGAGGAAUACGGGGAGCAGAAGUCCACCUCCAUCAGCACUGCCAGGCGCCUGGCAGAGUUCCUGGGAGACCAGAUGGUGAAGGACGCGGGGCUGAGCUGCCGCUUCAUCAUUUCCAAGAAACCAGAAGGGUCUCCGGUCACCGAGAGGGCCAUCCCCCUCGCCAUCUUCCAAGCGGAGCCCAGCGUGCGCAAGCACUACCUCCGGAAGUGGCUGAAGAGCCCCUCGCUGCAGGACCUCAACAUCCGGGCGGUGAAAAACCCAGUGCCGCGGGUCCGUCACCCAGACUGGCUCCACAAGAAACUCCUGGAGAAGAACGAUGUAUACAAACAGAAAAAAAUCAAUGAGCUCUUCACUUCAGAAGGCAAGAGACAG